GUAGAAGUGGGCGUAGGUUAAGAGAAUCACCCUUUCAGCCGGUAGAGCGAGAAAGUUUUAAGGGGAAUUCUAGAGAGAGAAAGACUCUGUGUGCGAGAGACAGAGUGCGAGUUUUUGAUGCGCAUCGAUCGACGACGAUGUCAAAGAUGAAGCAUCUGUUGCGAAAGCUUCACAUCGGUGGUGGGUUCAACGAUAACAACAAUCGACUCGCCGCGGCCGACCCGUCAUCACGGUCUCCGGCAACGACCACGUUUCACUCAUCGUCUUCUUCUCCAUCUAUGUUGCCGAUUGUCGAUGGAACCGGAGCCGAUUUAUCUUCAACUGCCCAGAACGUCAACGACAUCUCAAACUCGUCCACAGUUGAUUCUAAUUUCUUCGAAGAGGAAUUUCAGAUGCAACUUGCUCUUGCGAUUAGUGUCUCAUCGGGAUCGGUCGAGACGGGUCAACCUGAUGCUGAAACCGAACAAAUUAAGGCUGCUAAGCAAAGAAGCUUGGGCUGUUCUCCUUCUGAACCCUUCGUUGAAUUUCUUUCGCUUCGGUAUUGGAGCAAUAAUGUUGUAAAUUAUGAUGAGAAAGUGAUGGACGGUUUCUAUGAUGUAUAUGGGAUUACUUCAAAUUCAAUCACACAAGGGAAGAUGCCAUUGUUAGUGGAUCUUCAAGCAAUAACCGUUUCAGAUAAUGUUGACUAUGAAGUAAUUUUAGUUGACCGAAUGGUUGAUAAGGAACUGCGGUAUCUUGAGGAAAGAGUUUCUACUAUAUCACUGGAAUGCCAGGCUGCUGGGACUAGGGAGAUUAUGAGUACAUUAAUCCAAAAACUUGCUAAUAUUGUUGUUGCUCAAAUGGGGGGUCCUGUUAGUGAUGCAGAUGAAAUGUUGAGAAGAUGGACUCUUAGAAGUUAUGAGUUAAGGAAUUCCAUGAACACUAUCAUUCUUCCUCUUGGUUGUCUUGAUGUUGGACUUUCCCGCCACAGGGCCUUGCUUUUUAAGGUACUCGCUGAUAAGAUCAACCUUCCAUGUAGUCUGGUAAAAGGGAGCUACUAUACUGGCACUGAUGAUGGAGCUGUGAACUUGAUCAAGAUCGAUAAUGGAAGUGAAUACAUUAUUGAUUUAAUGGGUGCUCCAGGCACCCUGAUCUCUUCUGAAGUUCAGAGCUAUAAUCUUCCAAAUUUUGGACUAGAUUCAGUAGCAGCUACACCUCAACCAGAUAAUGUUGGCAAAGUUGGGACUUCAAGUUCUGAAGUGCCUUCUAUUAUAGGCUCACAAUCAAAAGGUCUAAAGGAUGGAAAAGUUAUGAAGAGAAAUCAAACUGAGAGGUUUGAGUAUGAUUUUGGUAACCUUCUUCCAAUCCUCAGCAGGUCACAUGAAGGCCCAUCAAAUGCUGGUGGAAGAACAUCCCCUGCACAAAAAUUGCAGAUUGAAGAUGUGUCUGAAUGUGUCAUAACUGCUGCAAAAAACCCAGAAUUUGCUCAAAAACUCCAUGCAGUUCUAUUAAAUAAUGGUGGAACAUUGCCCGAUUCCCUUUUAAAUGUAAAUAACCAAGUGAAGGGAGAAGCAGACAUAUGUGAAACUGUUCAUUUGUUAGAUGCUGACAUGUUGAAUGUUGGUGGUCAACAUGGUCAAUUGUUAAUCAUGUCUAAUAAUGAGGAGCUUCAUGACAACACAAAUGUUACAUUUUUUGGGUUACAAACACAGCAAGAAGUAAUGUCCAAAAAAGAUAUACCUUCUGAAUCUACUUGUGAAAGCCAUAGUGAGGGAAUUAGUCUUACUGCAGUUGAGUGGGAAAUUCUGUGGGAGGAUCUUCAGAUUGGAGAACGCAUUGGUAUAGGUUCUUUUGGUGAGGUUUAUCGUUCAGAAUGGAAUGGAACUGAGGUGGCUGUGAAGAAGUUUAUGAACCAGGAUAUAUCAGGCGAUGCACUAACUCAGUUUAAAAGCGAAGUUGAGAUCAUGUUGAGGUUGAGACAUCCUAAUAUUGUUCUUUUCAUGGGAGCAGUUACUCGUCCGCCAAAUCUUUCCAUCCUCACAGAAUUUCUACCAAGGGGUAGCUUAUAUAAACUGCUUCAUCGGCCAAAUGUCCAACUUGAUGAAAAGAGGCGAAUGCGUAUGGCUCUUGAUGUGGCAAAGGGAAUGAAUUAUUUACACACCAGUAAUCCAGUUAUUGUGCAUCGGGACUUAAAGACUCCAAAUCUCCUUGUUGAUAAAAAUUGGGUUGUGAAGGUAUCUGAUUUUGGGAUGUCACGCAUGAAACACCACACUUUUCUGUCUUCAAAAUCUACUGCUGGAACUCCUGAAUGGAUGGCACCAGAAGUACUAAGGAACGAGCCAUCGAAUGAAAAAUGGGGUGGGUUAUUUUGCAGGUGUGAUGUGUUUAGCUUUGGUGUAAUAUUAUGGGAGUUGGCAACUUUGCGUGUACCUUGGAUAGAGAUGAAUUCAAUGCAGGUUGUUGGUGCUGUUGGGUUUCAGUAUAGACACCUUGACAUUCCUGAAACUGUUGAUCCUGUGGUCGCAAGAAUCAUAACUGAUUGUUGGCAUCCCGAGCCACAGGCUCGGCCAUCAUUCAAGGAAAUCAUUGCCCGCCUCAGAAGUCUCGGGCGGCUCUCGGUGGAACGAAUAGAAACUCGAAUAAAUCAAAAAUAGAAUUCAGUUGUAUGUAAACUAUUUAUAUUUUAUAGAGGUGGAUAGAUGAAAGAACGAUUGUUGUACAAGAUUAAACAACAACAACAACAACAACAACAACAAAGAGUUGUGGGUUGGGAAGUGUUGGUUGACUCCAUAAGGCAGGGGGACAAAGCACAGCCAAGCCAAGCCAAGCCAAACCAAGCCAGUUGAAUGACGACAAAAUCAAGUGUUUGUCCGAGUGGUUUAUUUGGGUACCAACUUAGUUCAUUUAAUAAUAAUGUCUAUAAAAUUUGUUUUAACAAAGAAGAAAAAUAUGGUGUUUUCAGUAA